UCCAAACCCAGAAAUCCAACGAAAACCACAGUACGUUACUGUUAAUCAAUCAAAGAAAACCUUUCCUCAGUUCUCACCCACCCAUUUCAAUUCAACCAUUCUACUCUCUUUGAACUGAAAACCCUUUUCUUUUUCUUUCUUUCUUUCUUUCUUUCUAUUUUUGUGCAUCGUUCAGUUAAAACUUAAAACCACUUCUCUUUUCCUCUUGUUAAUUACUGGGUUGAUGAUUUGCUUACCCUCUCUCCCUCUCCACGCUAUGCAAACAAUUGUGUCUCUGCCGUGACAAAAAAAAAAAAAAAAAAAACAUUAACCAGCUUCAACUCCUUCGCAAAACAAAACAAAAAAAAAAAAAGAAUAAAUCAAAAACUCAAACAACGCGUACUUUCUAUUUCUACACCCCCAAGAAAUCAACUCAGCAACCUGCAACCAAACGUGCUUCCCACAAAUUGGAUUCCUCGGCAGGACGAAAGAAAGAAAGAAAUCAAUCUUCAACACAAUAAAUAACCCAACUGAGCUUCUCCACAUUCCAUCACAACAACACAAUUUCAACCAAACUCACCAUUAAUGGCCGCCGCCGCCGCUCCAACGCCGAACCUUCCGCCCGUCCGGACCCGCCCGCCCAACUCCCCGCCUCCAAUCCCACCAUCGCCACACCAGCCGACGCCGGAAACCCAACCCCCAGCCGCACCUCCUCCACCACCCGCCGCCGUCGUCUCCCUGCAGCAGCCCAGCGGAAAGAAGAGCAACCCAUCCCGGCCCAGGAGGCUUCUCCGCCAGGUCCGGUCGAUAUUCCGUUCCUUCCCCAUCAUAACCCCGGCCGCGUGCAAGUUCCCCGCCGGCGGCGGCGGAGGGACCCGGAUCCAGGACGGACACAUCAACGGGACCCGGAUGACGGGGACCCUGUACGGGCACAAGAGGGCCCGGGUGAACCUGGCGAUCCAAGAGACGCCGAGCUCGCUCCCGGUGGUCCUCCUGGAGCUGGGCCUGCCGACGGGGAAGCUGCUGCAGAGCAUGGGUGGCGGGAUGGUGCGGAUCGCGAUGGAGUGCGAGAAGAGGAGCGGCGGCGACAAGACCCAAGUGAUGGAGGAGCCGAUCUGGACGAUGUUCUGCAACGGGAAGAAGUCCGGGUUCGGGGUGAAGAGGGAGCCGACCGACGAGGACCUGCACGUGAUGCGGACGCUCCACGUGGUUUCCAUGGGCGCCGGGGUGAUUCCCGAGGAGAAGAAGGAGAAGGAGGAGGAGGGGGAGGGGGAGCUGGCGUACAUGCGGGCGCAUUUCGAGCGGGUGGUCGGGUCGAAGGAUUCGGAGACGUAUUACAUGAUGAACCCGGACGGGAACAGCGGGCCGGAGCUCAGCAUUUUCUUCGUCAGGGUUUGAAUUCUCUGGACGUGGCCAUGGGUUGUAAAGGUGUUGAGAUUUGUAGGGUUUUAGUGUGGAAGGGGAGUUCGUAAUUGGAUGCUUUUGUAAACUUUGUUUUUCAUUUUCUUGUUUUUUUUUAGGAUUGGAUUGACUUGAAUACUAAUAACGCUAAGAUUUUCGU